UUUUUCUAUAAUUGUCAAUAAAAUGUUAUUUGUUCCGGUUAUUGCAACAUUUUUUUUUUAAAUAUUGUACAUUUUUGAUUCAACAUACAGAUCUUUGUCAAAACUUUGACUGGUAAAACUAUCAUUUUGGAAGUUGAGUCAUCAGAUUCCAUUGAAAAAGUAAAAGCCAAGAUCCAAGAACAAGAAGGCAUCGCCGCACCAGACCAACAACGUUUGACCUUUGCUGGAAAUCAACUAGAACACAGAUGUACUCGUUCUGACUACAACAUCCAAAAAGAAUCUACUCUUCACUUGGUGUUCUGUCUCUGGUGGUAUGCAAAUCUUCAUAAAGAAGACCAUUACAUUGGAAGUGGAAUCAUCUGAUUCCAUUGAAAAUGUUAUGGCCAUGAUCCAAGACAAAGAAGGUAUCCCACCAGACCAACAACUUUUGAUCUUUGCCAGUAAUCAACUUGAAAAAAGGCGCACACUUUCUAACUACAACAUACACAACGGAUCUACCCUUCACUUGGUGCUGCGUCCUCGAGAUGAUAUACAAAUCUUCAUAAAAGAACUUAAUGGAAAGAUGACUAAAUUUAAAGUAAAGACAUCAGAUUCCAUUGAAAAUUUAAGAGCCAAGAUCCAUGACAAACUAGGUAUCAUACCAGACAAACAUCGUUUGAUCUUUGCCGGUCGUCAGCUUGAAAACGGCCGCACACUUUCUAGCUACAAAAUUCACGAUGGAUCUAGGCUUCACUUAGUAAUGCGUAUCCGUGGCUGAGCAGUGAGCACUAUAUUUUAACUCGAUUUAUUAUUUCUAAUUUAUCCAGAAUGUGAACCAAAAAAAGUAUUUUUAAGUUUAAAAUAGUCUCAAUCUUGCUAAACAUUUUUUUUUUUUUUAUCUCAGUUUUCAUUACUAUCCUAACAACGUUUGAGAUGAAAGUCAACAAAUAAACAUAGUUUAACUAUUCA